AACGAAUUCAUUUGCGCGUGAGGCAGCUGGUGACGCAAAACACAGUCUUCACGAUCUUUAUAACUCAGAUGUUAUUUCGUAUUGUUGUUUUCCUUUUGCUCUUAAAAGAGGUGCUUAGAAAACUGUGCUGCAAAGGCCAGCCGAGUGUCCCGCUUUGCAGCGGUGGGUUGUUGGGUUAAUAUUUGAGGGACUCCUUUUUGCUGCGAGGCUGUGAACCGUAUGCCUUUCAGUUGCAGGCCCUGUGAAGCAAGGUGAGCUCUUAACUCCUCAGUCGAGGGCUUUUUCAGUCACGUUGUCUUCUCCUUGGGAAGCACCCCUCCGGUCAAUGGCAGCUUUUUCUGUAAUUUUGUACUUUAGAAAUUUUAAAUGUCACCCAUUCCCUUAAGAGUUCUGGUGGGCUUACAAGAUACUAUAUAGGAAAAAUUUGCAUAAAUUAUUUAUUUAUACACACACAUUUAUUCACACACUCCUGUACCUAGAGAUCUCUGUAGGACCAAUGCUUUCAUCAAAACGAUGAAAGGAGCAUCACACCUUAGGAUACAAGCUGCACCCUUUUCAUAUAUGCGCAUGAAUGACUUCAUGACACACGUAUAGAAGGGUGGCUUGCAAAGGUGUAGUGUUCAUUUCAUCAUUUGCCCCCUGCCCUAUGCGUUUGCAUAACACACAAAAAUGAACACAGUAAUACUGAAAGGUCUGGGAAAACAAAUAUUUUGAAGUUAUUGAACUGUUACAAGGAAAUUGCUUCAACUCCAAUGGCAGUUUAUUCCAUAAUAUGGCUCUUGCCAUAAAGAAAGCCAGAUUGGGUGCUUAUGUCCAACUCAUCAAUAAAAGGUCUCCAUUGAUUACCUAAGAGUGCAAGGUAAUCUAUACAUGAAUAGUUAGCCUUGCAGGUAGCUUACAUCUAAUCUAUGUAAAACUUUAUACACCACUGUGAAUACCUUCAGUUGUGCUUGGAAGACUUCUGGCAGCCAAUGAAACUGAUUUAAUAUAUGGAUAAUGGGGGGUCCUGAGCAGGCUCUCAGGCUGCCACGUAUUGUGCCAGAUAUAAUCUGGGUGUCUUCAAGGCCAUGAAGAAUGCAGUAUAAUGCUCCAGCCUCAAGGCUACCACUACUACAUGAAUCACUGAGAGCAUGUUUGUCUCCUCCAGUAUAUAGUCAGAUCAAUGGAUAACUUUGUUGAAGAACUGAGACAAGAAAGAAGUUGGCUGUCCACAGAAGAAGAAACAGAGGAUGUAUCUACAGCCAAUGCUCUGCUCUCAGGAAUUUAUUUGCCUUUGCUGCCGAGAUAUUUCCACCACCCAAGAAAUAGUGGUGUGAAACCUUCAGAAUUUCAAAAGGUGAAAGAAGAUUGUUUAUGCUGUAUCCAAGAUGCCCUCUUACAAAGUCAGUGGCAGAGGGCUGCAGAAUUAAUGAUAAGCUAUUUAGAGAUGCUGGAAAAUACAACUGCAGAAAAAAGGGUGGCAGCUCAAGAGGAGAUCUGGAGAAUAGGAACUGAAAUCUUGCAGCAGCAUCCACAGAGUAAUAUAGAAGAGAGCAACUAUUUUGCAGAUCGGAUGAAAAAUUUAGGAGUCAAGAGAUAUUUAAAGAUUUCUCUAGAGCAUGCCUUCCACCUUUUGUGUAGUGGGUUUCUGGAUGAGGCCUAUCAGAACUUGAUCUUGGCUGAAAGUUGGCGAUAUGGAGAAGAAACAGUUGCUCAGGAGAAAGAGCUGAAACUCGUUCAAGCUUAUAAGGGGCUACUAGACUAUUACACAUGGUUAAAAAAGAAGACGGAUCUGUUGAUGCUGGAUGAAGACAGCUAUACACGAUCUUCUCUUCAGCAGGAAAUGCAUGGCUUGUACCAGCAGGCUAAAGGCAGCCUCAAGGAGAUAAUUAGAAUUCCUGGAGUUUGGGAUCCUUUUGUGAUUUGUUAUGUGGAUUUGCUGGAACAUUACAAGGAGUAUGAAGAAGCACGGGAAGUGUUAAGUGACUAUGCAUAUAAUUCCAGGUUUCCUUCCAACCCUAAUGCUCACGUUUACUACUACCAGUUCCUAAAGAGAAGGGGGGAAUCAAGGAAAGCACAGAUCUCUGCACUGCAGAUCCUGCAUGAGCUUGUUCCUUCCCAUGAACUGAUGCUGGAGUUUUACAACUUGCUUAAAAAAUCAAAAAAAAGAAAAAAACAUAAAUUACAGCUGAAAGUUAUUUUUGCAGCCUUGGAUUUUGCUGGAUGGAAGGAAAAUAUAAAAGCCUGGAGUUAUUUGGCAAAGCAGACAGUAGAAAUUCUGCAAAACUCUGACAAGCAGUUUCACUGGCUCAAAAAGGAGUGGGAUACCCGAAAGGACUGGUGGCCAGCUUUUCAUUUCAGCCCUUAUUUGGCAAAAAAUAACUGGCAGGAAAACAAAAAACUUGCUUGUGAAAAAGUUCUGAUAGCUGGAAUACUGUUGGGAAAAGACUGCAAAUACUUCAAGUAUGUCACAAAAGAAGGCUGUAAAGUUCAGAAGAAAAAGUUCCGACAGUUGAAGAAAUUUGUGAAAGAACACAGCUGGGUCUCCUUAAGAUUGGCUGAUACCUGACUACUUUAGUGUCAAAUCUCUUGAUUUUUCAAAAGUGUUAGAUGAUUUUGAUGAAUAUACAAGUCUUCCUGGCAAAUAAUUUUUGUAAAAGACGUAUAUAUAAGAAUGAUAUUUUUUUACAGAGUUCUUUCUAUAAUAAAUCCAUUUGUACAGAU